GAUCAGCUUUCACAACGAACUCAAAAGAUUGGAGAAUAACAAAAAAUGGCUAUGGCGGCCAUGGGGUCGGCUCCCUUGUUCACUGCUCCUGAAACUAUAAAAGCGCCAUUUCUAAAACCACUUCCUACCCCUCCAGCUCUUUCGCUCUCUUAAUAUGUUCAUAUGCAUGCUAUUCUUCUUUGGCAAUGGCAACUUCUGACUCUCAAGCUUCAGUUAUUGUCCAGAGAAGCAAUGUAAACUGCUGGGGCGCGUCUUUGUCUUUCACAAAGACUAAGAAACAUAAUGUGUGUUGUUGCCAAGUAAAAUUAGAGGAUGAGGCUUGUGAACUAGUCAAUGGAGUGGAGCUGUCGAUAGGGGAUGAAGGUGAUAGCAUCGACGCUUAUCUUUUGACGGCUGUCAAGAACAACAAUGGGACUGGCAUAUUGCUUUUAUCUGAUGUUUUUGGGUUUGAAGACUCGUUUACCAGAGAUUUUGCAUACCGUGUUGCUUGCAAUGGUUACAAUGUCCUAGUGCCGGACUUGUUUCGUGGAGAUCCAUGGGGAAAGGACCGCCCUGAUGCAUCAUUUGAACAGUGGAUUGGUAAACAAGACAGAAAUCGGGUUAUAAAGGACACUUUUACAUCAGUAGAAUGGAUGGUCAAUGAAUUUGUAGCUGCAGGGAUUUCAAAGAAGCUUGGUGUGAUUGGAUUUUGCUAUGGGGGCAGCCUAACAUUAGACAUUCUUGCAAAAGACCAGGGCUCCUUAUUUGGUGCUGGGAUCUCAUUCUAUGGCACAAGGAUAAACACCUCUCUCUCUACUAAAAUAAAAUCACCCCUGCUGCUAAUCUCCGGCAAUGAUGAUCCACAUUGCCCGGUUAGUGUACUCAACAAUGUAGCUGAAAAUGUUGAGAAGAGUAAAGUGGUGGUUUUUAAGGGAAGGGGUCAUGGUUUUGUCCACAGACCUCAGUCUCCUGAAGAAGACAGAGAUGCAGAAGAGGCUUUUGUGAUCAUGCGAAGUUGGCUCAAUGAUUUCUUGCUUGAACAAAAUUGACAAUGGUUUUAGAUUGUAUAACUGGCAGUUAUUUGUAACCUAAGGAAUAAUAUAUUUCUUUCCGUUGUGAAUUCUUGGUUUAUUAUAUC